AGGCUGAAGAUGCCGAGGAAAAGGCUUUCCCAUCCCUGGUGGACCGAGAACUGGUCAGCGGCCACGUGGGGCCCCCAGCCAGCGCCUCUCCUGACCGUGGGGCUCCCGCAUGCCCUCAGGACACCAAGCCCAGCCCCACCAGGAUGGUCUCCUCUGUCAACCCGCAGUAAGGAGGGGAGGGGGGAGGUCAGCCGCUUGGGCCAGGCCAGCCAGAGAGCAGGGCCUGAUCAAGUGGAAGGAGCGCUGGCCUUUCAGGUCUGCCCCGGAGUCUCUGGACCCCCGCACUCUGCGGCUGCUGUGGAGGCAGCGAGAACUGGAGAUCCAGGCCCUGCGGUGGGCGAUCGAGAACCACCGGGAGGCCCGACACUGCCGUAUCCUGCAGGAAGUGGCUGGGCUUCCAGCUGAGAGGAGCUCGUGCAGCCGGAAGCUCUUGCAAAACCACGUCCAAAAGCUGACUCUGGAGUUGGAAGAGCAGAAGGGACAGGCCCAGCUGGAGAAGGCACACCUGGAGGAGCGGCUGCUGCAGACCAGAAACACGCUGCGGCAGCUGGAGGCAGAGUUGCAGGCCUUGCAGAAGUCCUGCCUCCUGCAGCUGGCCCGCUCCUCCUGGGUGGGCCGCAUGCUGCGGUCUUCCACGGGCAGUGUGGAGGUGGUGACGGCAGAGACCCUGAUGGACCCCAGUGACCUCUCUGAGAACGAUCGGCCCCCCACUGCUGGGGAGGGUUUCCGGCUGGAGAAUGUGGACUGGAACAGCGUCGCCCACCGGUACCCCAACCUCUUCACCAACCUCGAGUCCAGCUCAGAUCAACAGCACCCCUGGGCCCCGCCGCUCCCGGAGCUCCCACCAGCCACACAGCCUGACCAGUGGAACUCAGAGCUGUACUGCCGGCAGAGUGAGCAUCGUCUCAAGAGCGUCGAGUGGAGCUCCCUGCCCCUGGCGGGCACCAGCAGCUCCGGGGGUGCCGACUCUGAGUCCAGCAGCUGCCUGCUGGCUGCACGUUACCAUGUGCAGAAAGCGACAGGGGACCCUCUCCAGGCGCCAGGCCACACUGCUGAGCAGAAGGGGGCACAGAGCCUCUGCGGGGACAGUCGAGCAACACGGGAAGGCCGCCUCUCCCUGGAUCUCCGGAAAACCCACUCGGACAGGCAGGGCAAGAAUGGCCAGGAGCCUGAGUCCCGUGCUGAUCCCCACCCCCGGCAUUACGGGCGCUGUCCAAGCCCCACGGGCUCCUGCCUGAAGAUCAUGGCGGUGAGCCACCGCCGGGGGUUCGUGCGCAUCCUCAACCAGUCGCUGGAGGAGACGGCCGACCUGGGUGGCUUCGUGCUGCAGCAGCUGGUGCGCGACUUCCCCGUGUGCAUGUACCGCUUCCCGCCCAGCACGCUGCUGGAGCCAAGGCAACACAUCACGGUGUGGGGCGAGGCGCCCAGCAGCACCAAGCGGCAGCCACCCUUCUCCUUGGGCCAGGAGCCCGUCCACUUCCACUCCAGCCGGGGCUGCGUGACCCUCCUCCUGAACCCCCAAGGCGAGGUCCUCAGCGAGCACCAGGCCGCUCACUGCGUGACCCCCGUGUGCAGGAUCUUCGCCGACAACACCGACUUGUCCAUCGACCGUUUCCCGCUCUCAGAGGCCCGGCCCGGUGCCGACCUCGCGGAGCGGCAGCCCCUGCCUCGACCCCCGCGCAAGGGUCGGGUGCAGGAGGCCCGGGCCGGGCGCCGGAGGCCGGGGACGCGGGUUCAGUUGCCCCGCCUGAGCACCAGAAAGCUCCUCCGCCAGCGAGAGGUGCCAGGGCGGCCCGAGGGCGCCGCCGAGACCCACCCAGAGCUCCUGCCCGCCAGCCCCAUCCCCGUCCCCGAGGCCGCGCUGGGCCUCAAGGACUGCCAGGCUAGGAAGGAACACAAGGUCCGGGUGAGUGCUGGCGCGGGCGUCCGGGCAGCCCCCGCCCCGCCCCGGCCCCGCCCUGCGGCCACUCAGGCUCCGCCCCCCCAGGUGGGCCGGAAGAGCGUGGACCGCGGCUGUCCGAUGGUGACGCUGUCGGUGCAGAGCACGGCCGAGAGCAGGUUCGGCUUCCGCUUCCUCAGCUGCCCGCCCAUCACCGCGGACUCGCGCUGGCCGGUGUAGGGCCGGGCGGGGCGGCGGCAGCGGCGCCUGUGCUCCCGCGUCUCCACGACGGUGGCUGCGGGGCGGGGCGGGGAGAAAACGCCGGAGGCAGGUGGUGCCAGCUGCAUAGUUUAUUGAACCAACGCCGCCUACCAAGUAA